AUCAGGUCCAUAUUCCAACGUAGCGGGUCCGAAUUGUUCAUGACUGAAGUGAGAGAGACAUGAGUCCAGCCGCAGCUGCAAUUCCACAGUAAUUACACCGAAACUCAAACUGAGAACAUUUUCUUCUCCUCCAUUUUCUUAUUUCUGGGUCCUCGUCUCGUCUGCAUUCCUUACUAUGAUCAUCUAUCCAUGAAGACCCAGAUGAGAAAUCUAAUAAGUCUUCUUCUUCUACUUCUUCUGGGUUUGCAACUCAGCUCGGUUUUCUCAUGGAAAAGGGACGAGUUCAGGAACUGCAACCAGACUCCAUUCUGCAAGCGAGCACGGAAUCGUAAACCUGGUUUCUGCACUCUCGAAGCCCAAGAGGUUGCCAUCUCCGAUGGUGAGCUCACCGCCAAGCUGUUGCCGAAGAGGAACCAAGAAAACAACCCAGAUCAAGAUGAGGAACAGAUCAAGCCGUUGAUUCUAAGCCUUUCGGUUUAUCAAGAAGGGAUCGUGCGGCUCAAGAUCGACGAGGACCCGAAGCUGGACCCACCCAAGAAGCGCUUUGAGGUCCCCGAUGUAAUUCUGCCGGAGUUUCUGAAUACUAAGAUUUGGCUGCAGAGGUAUUCAACGGAGACGAUUGGAGGCGAUGCCAGUCCUUCCUCCGUCGUGUAUUUAUCGGACGGCUACGAGGCGGUUCUCCGGCACGAUCCUUUCGAGGUUUACGUGCGCGAAAAGGGAGGUAAUCGUGUAGUUUCCUUGAAUUCUCAUGGGUUAUUUGAUUUUGAGCAACUAAGAGCCAAAAAAGAAGGUGAUGAUUGGGAGGAGAGCUUUAGGGGUCACACUGAUACGAGGCCGUACGGACCUCAAUCUAUCAGUUUCGAUGUUUCGUUUUAUGGUGCUGAUUUUGUUUAUGGUAUACCUGAGCAUGCUUCAAGCCUUGCUCUGAAGCCCACAAGAGGACCUGGGAUUGACUAUUCCGAACCUUAUAGAUUGUUUAAUUUGGAUGUUUUUGAGUAUCUUCAUGAUUCUCCAUUUGGGCUUUACGGGUCUAUACCAUUGAUGUUUUCACAUGGGAAAUCCGGGGGAGGUUCUGGGUUUUUUUGGUUGAAUGCUGCAGAAAUGCAGAUUGAUGUUCUUGGGUCUGGAUGGGAUGCAGAUUCUGACAUUUCGCUUCCUUCCUCACAAAGUAGGAUUGAUACAUUUUGGAUGAGUGAGGCGGGUAUUGUGGAUACCUUCUUCUUUGUUGGUCCAGGGCCUAAAGAUCUUCUCAGGCAAUAUACAAGUGUGACAGGUAGGCCGGCAAUGCCGCAGCUCUUCGCCACGGCUUACCAUCAAUGUAGGUGGAAUUACAGGGAUGAAGAAGAUGUAGAAAAUGUUGAUUCUAAGUUUGAUGAGCAUGAUAUUCCUUAUGAUGUUUUGUGGCUUGAUAUUGAACACACUGACGGAAAGAGGUAUUUCACAUGGGACUCGGUGCUUUUCCCGCAUCCAGAAGAGAUGCAGAGGAAGUUGGCAGCUAAGGGUAGGCAUAUGGUUACUAUUGUGGAUCCUCAUAUUAAGCGCGAUGAAUCAUUUCAUUUGCACAAAGAGGCAACUCAGAAGGGUUAUUAUGUUAAAGAUGCCAGUGGAAAUGAUUAUGAUGGGUGGUGUUGGCCUGGUUCAUCAUCGUACCCAGAUAUGUUGAACCGGGAGAUUAGGUCUUGGUGUUCUGAGAAAUUCUCUUUUGAGAACUAUGUUGGUUCCACUCCUUCACUUUUUAUCUGGAAUGAUAUGAAUGAGCCUUCUGUUUUCAAUGGACCUGAGGUAACUAUGCCUAGAGAUGCUUUACAUGAGGGAGGUGUUGAGCACCGGGAGCUACAUAAUGUAUAUGGGUAUUACUUUCACAUGGCUUCAAGUGAUGGUCUUGUAAAACGAGGUGAUGGGAAGGAAAGGCCUUUUGUAUUGUCAAGAGCAUUCUUUGCUGGAAGUCAAAGGCAUGGAGCUGUUUGGACAGGAGACAACACAGCUGAUUGGGAUCAGCUCAGGGUUUCAGUUCCUAUGAUUUUGACUCUUGGUCUUAGUGGAAUUAGUUUUGCAGGUGCUGAUGUUGGUGGGUUUUUUGGCAAUCCUGAGCCUGAAUUAUUAGUUCGUUGGUAUCAAUUGGGGGCAUACUAUCCCUUUUUUAGGGGUCAUGCCCAUCAAGACACAAAAAGACGAGAACCAUGGUUAUUUGGAGAAAGAAAUACAGAACUUAUAAGGGAUGCCAUACACAUGCGUUACAUGUUGCUACCAUACUACUACACGUUAUUUAGAGAGGCAAAUGUGACUGGUGUUCCUGUUGUUCGUCCAUUAUGGAUGGAGUUUCCUUCUGAUGAAGCUACUUUCAGCAAUGAUGAGGCUUUUAUGGUUGGAAGUGGUCUCUUGGUGCAAGGGGUUUAUACCGAGCGAGCAAGGCAUGCAUCAGUUUAUUUGCCUGGGAAACAAUCUUGGUAUGAUUUGAGGACUGGAGCUGUAUACAAGGGUGGGAAGACUUAUAAGUUGGAUAUUUCUGAAGAGUGUAUUCCUGCUUUCUUAAAGGCUGGAACCAUCAUACCAAGGAAAGACAGGUUCCGUCGGAGCUCCACACAGAUGACGAAUGAUCCAUAUACUCUGGUAGUUGCACUUAAUAGCUCACAAGAGGCUGAAGGAGAGUUGUAUGUGGAUGAUGGAAAAAGCUUUCAAUUUGAGCAAGGUGCCUAUAUACAUCGUCGAUUUAUAUUUAAAGAUGGCAAGCUUACCUCUAUUAAUAUACCACCGACUGGCCCUGGUAAAGCCCGGUUUUCUUCAGAAUGCAUGAUAGAGAGAAUUAUACUGCUUGGAUACUCGGCUAAACCAAAAAAUGCUCUCAUUGAACCAUCAAAAAGGCAAGCUGAAAUUGAAUAUGGACCACUUCUAGUUAAACCAACGCAAGGCUUGGCUUUUGCUACCGUCCGCAAACCUAAUAUCCCAAUUACGGGUGAUUGGACGAUAAAAAUUUUGUAGACCUUUUAUGCUGUCUAAUUUAUUAUAUCUCUAUUACCAUUGGUAGGAUCUCUUUAACUGGAUGAGGGAUACAUCUCUUAUAUUAGUUUUAAAUGCAAAAUUACUUUCUACAUGCAACUGAUAUUUCAUAUACAGCAAACUGUUCGACAAGAUCAUGCUAUUUUCUCAGGCUUGUUGGGAUUGCCAUCCGUAUGUUGUUGGCGUUGCACAAUUCAUGUGUAUUUGAUUGCUAUGAUAUUUGCUUUCGGCAAACCAUCUGAAGCUUUAUCCAAUUGUAUACAAUAUAUAGAGUUAUUAACCAA